CUUUCGUUUCCUGGCGGCGAAGCACUGCCCCGAGCGCCAGAGCGUGGCGGCGUUGGCUGCGCGGGCGAGCAUGUCGGACCCGGCCGUGUCCGGCUUCCUGACCAAGCUGCUGUGCGCGCAGGGGGGCCGCCUGGAGCGCGCCGCGCUGGGGCAGCAGCUGGAGCUCCCCGAGGAGCAGCUGCGCCAGAUCCUGGAGGAGGCGGGCCAGGAGAGGUUUCUGGUGCGCGCGGAAGGGCCCGCCACUUGGGUGCUGGCCGUCUCCCCGCUGCGCCUCUGCGUGCGCAAAGAGUGUCCCGGCUGCCCGCAGCUCCACCUCUGCAAGCUCAACCUCAAGGGCCGCUGCCGAGCCCCCAGGGCAUGCAAGUAUUCUCAUGAAGUUUUUUCAGAGGCCAACCGAAAAGUCCUGAAGGCUCAUGAACUUUCUGGGCUCAAUGAGAAUGAACUGCGUGUUCUCCUCCUCCAAAAUGAUCAUUUUCUCUGGCCUGAUGUAUGCAAUUUCUACAAUAAAGGGGAUGGGAAUUGUGCCCAGCAAGACAAUUGCACAAAGCUUCACAUUUGCCGGUAUUUCCUGAGAGGGGAAUGUAGAUUUCCUAAGUGCAAGAGGUCUCACAACCUUUUGCAACCAAAUGCUCUGAAGCUGUUGCUCGAAGGAGGAGUGGAUGAUCAAGUGGCCUGGAACAUCCAGACAAUCUGCGAACACAAAACUGCUGUGCUGUCCAGAGAACUGGGUCCUCGCAAGGGUAAUUUUGCAAGACCUGCAUCAAGUGGAGAAAAAUCAAGUGCAGGAAAUCCGAGAGAAGCCAGACUUGAGCAAGGAUCUAGUAUACCUAAUCUCAUGGACCUCAACCUCGGCCCUGACCAAGGUGUCAAAGCCACUCCUUGUACUAAACCACCUCAGAAUGCAGAGAAGGAGAAAAGUGAUGAGAUAUGUCUUUUCUAUGUCUGGCGGUUCUGCAAAAAUAAAACUAACUGUAACAUGAUUCAUUACGAUAUGCCUUAUCGAUGGCAGGUACAGACUGCAAACGGUUGGAAGGAUUUCCCCCGAAGAGAGGAAAUAGAAAAAGCUUAUUCUGACCCAAGUAUUACCAGUAUUUCAGAUCCAGAAUACAUCGAUUUCAGCACCAUGACCACUUCUAUGUCCCGUGUUCGACGUCUGUCCACCCCAUCAUCUGUCACCAAACCUCUUAAGUUUGUAAUGACGACAAAGUGGCUUUGGUACUGGAAGAAUGACCUGGGCCAGUGGACUGAAUAUGGGACACAGGGUGGACAACUCCAGGAAUCCAGUCUAGGUUCUGAUGAUCUGGAGAAUUUAUUUCUAGCAGUUCCAGAGGGCAGUGUCCAGUUCAAAGCUGGCUCCCAGCAAUACGAGAUCAGCUUUAAAGAUAUGAAACAGAGAAACUUGCAGUAUCAAACCCAGAGAGAGGUUCGGAGACGCCCCAAGUUUGUUUCCUCUGAAGAUGUAAAGACAAAGAAGGGCCACACAAAUCAGGCUCCAGCGUCCACUCCAUUCACAGACUAUCCAAACACCUGGGAUAAAUCAGCACUACCUGCAAUUGGGUACAAGGCUGUUGAAGUCAUCAAGACGUCUCCUGAAUAUACUAAGAUUGAGACUCUUUUUCAAAAGACAAUGAGCAAUUAUGCCAUCGAUAAACUAAAAAGAAUUCAGAAUCCGUCCCUUUGGCAAAUCUUCCAAUGGCAAAAAGAACAGAUGAAGAAGAAAAAUGGGGGAAAGGCAGUGGAUGAGAGACUUCUGUUCCAUGGGACUAAUCCUUCUAGCUUGGAGGCCAUCUGCAGUGACAACUUUGAUUGGAGAAUCUGUGGAACCAAUGGAACAGCCUAUGGAAAAGGAAGCUACUUUGCCAGAGAUGCAUCCUAUUCCCACCACUACUGUCCACGUGACACAACGGUGAAGGCAAUGUUUGUGGCUCAGGUUCUGGUUGGUGAUUUUGUUGUGGGGAAUGCAGCGUAUACUCGCCCCCCAGAAAAAUCCAGUGGCAUGAUCAACUGUUAUGACAGCUGCGUGAAUGAUGUGGCAGACCCAUCAAUUUUUGUCAUAUUUGAGAAGCCUCAGAUUUAUCCUGCAUAUCUGAUCUGUUAUCGUGAAGACAGACCAUCAGGUUAUGUCACCAUAGCAAGAGGAACGACCUCCGGGAGGAGCAACACCCGGGUGCAUCUGCAGCAGCAGCACCAGUGGGUGCCUUCAUCUCUGCCAGCUGCAACAAAUUAUGUCCCUCCUGUAUCGGUUUCCACAGCCACAGCCACAGCACGCGCUGCAACUUCCACUUCCACUUUCACUCCCACCUACCUCCCGAGACAGAUGGCUGCCAACAACAACAACAAAGAAGAAGAAAAGAAAUGUGUUAUAUCAUAGACAACUAGAUGGCGUUUUCAUUGCUGUUAUGUAUAAUUUAAGUACUGAAGUCUUGUUUUGUAAUGAAUCAGAUUUUGGGGAAGCAAUAGGUCUCUUCGGAUAAGUAAGGAAUGUUGAAUCAUUGCUGUAGGAAGACAGAAUCAGAUACUCAGUUUGUAUCAAGUAGCAGUGUUAAAAUACACUGCAUGGAGGUUUUACGGAAGCAAUAGAUCUCUUCAGAUAAGAAAUGCUGAAAUCAUUGCUCUUGAGGAAGAUAGGAAUUGGAUAUUCAGUUUUUAUCAGUUGGCAGUGCUAAAGGACACUGCAUGGAGAAAAAUGGAUAACUGAAUAGUCCAUUAUAGACGAAGCUGUAAAAUUGCAGCAUUUUUAAUGUAUCUUACUGGUUUCAUAUGUUAAAUAAAAAUAAGUUUAAAGCCAUUGGAAUGCUUAGAUUUCAAUGUCUUACGAUCUUUUAUGGAUAAGGUUUCAUAUGUCAAAUGUGGUAGGACACACUGAUACAUUAUUUUCUGUCCUACUAGAUUGAUAUUAAUCUGCGUUGUACCAGGGAUAUAUUCCGAAUGGUUGUAUCAAAGAUAUUCCUGUGCACUACGGCAGAGUACAACUUCCUGUCAAGCGUAAGACUUGGCUGGUUGUGAUACUCUUUAUUUCAUUGGCCUAGCUGUGAAAACUAAUAAGCGGUGUUGGAUGGCAAAAGGUUUCUUCCCUUUAGUAUUUUAGCUGAGCAAUAUUAUUACGUGCCUUUGAUUGAUACACAUAAUUAUACAUGAAAAAUAGUUUCCUAUUAAUUAGCAGAGCAGAAGACUUUUGACAUGAAACUUCUUGUCCAAAGGUGCUCAGCAACUUAGCUUCAGUGCACAACCCCGAUAGGAUGCAUAAAAAAGACUAUACUUGGUUUUUGAUUUUAAUAAAAUUACUUGAAAUUUUA